UGGCGGUAUGCUGGGGAAAGGGGUAGUCGGCGGUGGCGGCGGCACCAAGGUGCCCAAGCCCUCCUUCGUGUCGUACGUGCGCCCUGAGGAAAUUCACACAAAUGAGAAGGAAGUAACAGAGAAGGAAGUAACUCUUCACUUGUUGCCAGGUGAACAGCUGCUUUGUGAAGCCAGCACAGUGCUGAAGUAUGUCCAGGAAGAUUCCUGUCAGCGUGGGAUCUAUGGGAAACUUGUCUGCACAGACUUUAAGAUUGCUUUCUUGGGCGAUGACGAAUCGGCACUGGAUAAUGAUGAAACCCAAUUUAAGAAUGAGGUUAUAGGAGAAAAUGACAUCACACUCCACUGUGUUGAUCAGAUUUAUGGAGUGUUUGAUGAGAAAAAGAAACCUCUCUUUGGACAACUGAAGAAAUACCCUGAGAAACUCAUCAUCCACUGCAAAGACCUGCGAGUGUUCCACUUUGGUCUGAGGUACACAAAAGAAGAGGAAGUCAAAAGGAUUGUCAGUGGCAUAAUUCAUCAUACCCAGGCUCCUAAACUGCUUAAAAGAUUAUUUCUGUUUUCCUAUGCAGCUGCUGCACAAAACAAUACAGCCACCGAUCCCAAGAACCAUACUGUAAUGUUUGACACACUUAAGGACUGGUGUUGGGAAUUGGAGCGGACCAAAGGCAAUGUCAAGUACAAAGCAGUGAGUGUCAAUGAAGGCUAUAAAGUCGGUGAAAGAUUGCCAGCAUACUUUGUUGUCCCCACCCCUCUUCCUGAAGAGGACGUGCGAUGCUUUCAGGGUCGCGGCAUACCAAUAUGGUGUUGGUCCUGCCAUAAUGGAUGUGCCCUUUUGAAAAUGUCAGCACUGCCCAAAGAACAGGAUGAUGGCCUUUUACAAAUCCAAAAGAGCUUCUUGGAUGGAAUUUACAAGACCAUCCACAGGCCACCCUAUGAAAUUGUUAAAACCGAAGACCUGUCCAGCAACUUCCUGUCGCUUCAGGACAUCCAGACUGCAUACUCUAAAUUUAAACAGCUCUUUCUGAUAGAUAAUAGUACCGAAUUUUGGGACACAGAUAUAAAAUGGUUUUCUCUGUUGGAAAGCAGCAGCUGGCUUGACAUAAUCAGACGUUGCCUGAAAAAAGCAAUAGAGAUUACAGAAUGUCUAGAAGCACAAAACAUGAACGUUCUUCUUUUAGAGGAGAACGCUUCCGACCUCUGCUGCCUCCUUUCCUCUCUGGUGCAAGUGAUGAUGGACCCCCACUGCAGAACCAGGGUUGGUUUCCAGAGCCUCGUCCAAAAGGAGUGGAUCAUGGGUGGGCACUGUUUCCUGGAUCGCUGCAACCACCUCCGUCAGAGUGACAAAGAGGAGGUUCCUGUGUUCCUGCUUUUCUUGGAUUGCGUCUGGCAGCUGGUGCACCAGCAUCCCCCAGCAUUUGAUUUCACAGAGACUUACCUGACUGUUUUGUCAGAUAGUUUGUACAUACCUAUUUUUAGCACCUUCUUCUUCAAUUCGCCUCAUCAAAAAGAUAUUAACAUGGGUAGGGAAAGCCAAGAUGCACAAAGCAAGCCUUUGAAUCUGCUCACCGUGUGGGAUUGGUCCGUACAGUUCGAAUCUAAAGCCCAGAUGUUGCUCAAAAACCCUCUUUAUGUGGAAAAGCCAAAACUGGACAAAGGCCAGCGGAAAGGAACGCAUUUGAAACAUCAACGACAACUUUCUUUACCACUUACCCAAUCUAAAUCAUCUCCCAAAAGAGGAUUUUUCAGGGAAGAAACAGAUCAUUUAAUUAAAAACCUUCUGGGCAGGAGAAUUAGCAAAUUAAUUAAUUCUUCUGAUGAGCUGCAAGACAACUUUCGAGAGUUCUAUGAAAGCUGGCACAGCAAGCCCACGGACUACCACGGUCUGUUGCUGCCUCACAUUGAGGGGCCAGAAAUCAAAGUCUGGGCCCAGCGCUAUUUGCGCUGGAUUCCAGAAGCCCAAAUUCUGGGUGGCGGCAGAGUGGCCACCAUGAGCAAACUCUUGGAAAUGAUGGAGGAAGUAGAGCACUUACAAGAGAAAAUCGACGAGAGACACCACAGCCAGGGGGCCCUCCCGGCAGAGGCCCCCCCUUUGCUGAGGAGCUCUGCCCGCUUGUCCUCUUUGUUUCCUUUCGCUCUGCUGCAGCGACACUCCUCGAAGCCAGUCUUGCCCACCAGUGGCUGGAAAGCUUUGGGCGAUGAAGACGAUCUGGCCAAACGAGAAGAUGAGUUUGUGGAUCUGGGGGAUGUGUGACCCGUCUGCUCAGUGAUUGUGAAGGAGGAACGCUGAGGGCUGGGACAGGAGUCGAACAUGUUUGAUCUCCGGAUUAGUGGGUCAUGCUGAAGCUUACUGCUGCGGGGGCGGGGAGGCAUUAGUCCAGGGCUCUGUAGCAGGAAGCCUGGACCUUCAGGAAAAGAGCUGGUUCUCGUGGUUUUUUCAUGCUCCUGAAAGACUAUGCAAUUAAAACCGUAUCUCUAGUAUUAUUAAUUGAAAGGAGUUACUACUUGACCCAUAAUAGAACUGGCCAUUGUCUGAUGCGUAAGUAUUAUACAGAACCUGCAGUGGCGGGUUUACUACUAGAAAGGACUUUGGUCAGACAUUCUUGGACUCGAUACUUUCUUCAGAUCUUUUCUGUGCCAAGAUAAUUUUUUUUUGUGUGUGCCGAGAUAAUUUAUCUAGUCGUUGGGAAGAGUGUGUGUCUCUCUACCCAUCUUUAGUUGGAGCAGGUUCAGCUUUAUUCGAUGUGUGUAUGGCAAAUUGAAAGACUCACAUAGAUGUAUUAAGAUGUAUGGCAUUCAUUUAACCCAUAGCAUUUUUCCCUUCUACAUCCUCUCGCCUGAGAAAAGCUGGAGAAAUUCCAUCCAUGUCACCCAUCGUGACAUUUCUGGCCAUCCCCCCUCUUGCAUAGACUGUGUCACUUUGUGCGGGGCUGGUGGGCUAGCCAGCCAGCCCCACCGCCCUUUCCGUGUGCUGACAGCUCCAGGUCUCCCUCUGCCCACUCCGUCCCCCUCACUGCCGUCCCCACGCUCCCUGCUGUGGUGCACCGAGUCCCAGGAUCUUGCUGCUAAAUCUGUUGGUUAAACUGAAAGUGCUUUGCCUUUUUCUAACAGUGUGCCGAGGCUUGGGGCCAUUUGUGCCCACGGUCCUCUGCCGCAGCCCUCACGCGGUCUCCCCAAAGUCUCUAACCACACAGGCGUGAGCAGGAUCACUUCUGAACGUGGCUUCCGUAGGGAGGCCAAGAAGUAUGAAUAGCAGAGGUGAUGGUUCUCCUACAGUACCUCAACGAUUUCAAAGCCAUAGAAGAAACUUGAUUAUGCCUGGUCACCUUGGAUCUGCUGUCUAAAUGGUAUAUAUAUUUUUAAAUGCAGGAAAGUACACUUUUAAGGACCAGUUUUUUCUUUCUCAGUGGAACUCUGUUAAA